AUGAUUGAAAUUUAUAUCCCAAAGAAAAGAAGCAAAGAGUUAAAUAAUGAACUAGUAUUAGGUGGAAUUAGUGAAUUUAAUUUAGAAAAUAUUAAUGACUUGUCGAAACUGAUUGAAAUCAAAGACGAGAUUUUAGAUUUUAUUGCAAAACUUGGAAAAGCAAAUAGUUUAAUGAAAGCUGAAUAUCAGGAUGACCCAGAUAUACAACAAGCUAUAGAAGAAAAUGAAGAACUAAUUAAUAAAAAGAAAGAACUUAUUAAGAGCAUAGAUAUCAAGAUAUCUGAGCUUGGAGGUUACUGUUUGCAAUCUGACCUAAGGAUCAACAAUACUAUAAGUUCUCCAGUCUUAGAAUCAAAUAAUAAAGUUAGUUUGGUUGAUAUAGAUAAUGGUUUCUUUCUAUGA